AUGGGUGUAAUCUCCAACAAGGUUCCCAGAGGUGAUCUGAAGCCUGGUGAUCACAUCUACUCAUGGCGUGCUGCACAUCUCUACUCCCACCACGGAAUAUUUGUAAGCGAUGAAGAAGUCAUACAUUUCACUCGUCCAGCAACCAAAACUGAGAUCGUUGUGGGCAAGAUCGUCAGUUCAUCAAAGGAUAUCCUCAGUUCAUCAUCGAGUCGUCCUUGCUGUAGCAGAGACCAUUCCAGAAUCAACACUGUCGUUAGCUCUUGCCUUAACUGCUUUCUCAACGGAGGAAAUCUCUACCGCUAUGAAUACAAUGUCAAGCCUGCUGCCUUUCUUGCAAAAACUAUAGGCGGUACUUGCACGUUAGCAACUUCAGAUCCUCCUGAGGUUGUUAUUUCCCGUGCAAGAUACCUGUUGCGAGAUGGCUAUGGUGUUUACAAGCUGCUCAAGCACAACUGUGAGACUUUUGCUCUCUAUUGUAAAACGGAACUGGUGGCCUCCAAAAGAACUGGUCAAGCCAAUUCGGUUGGUGGUACCACGUGGGCUGGGUUCGGGCUUGCUUGUAUUGGCUUACCUCUGGUCGGCUAUUGUGCCUACUCCUAUGGUCGACUUAUGUCUGACAUAUGUAUGCGAAAAGAUGUUGACAAGGUUCCUGUGGAGAGGCUCGUUGCGGAGCACAAAGAUGUUGACAAGGUUCUUGUGGAGGAGCUCGUUGGGGAGCACAGUGGUUGA